CCGAAGCUCACGGUCGAUUCGUUACCAAACAUCCCGAGCUUGUACUACUUGCUGAUCAGAGCCAACAAGCCUUGUUUGCAGGCUUUCGAGCAUUUACCGGUCUACCACUGGCCGACUAGCACACCGUGUUGCCCUUGGCCUAAUCGGGCCUUCACCAAGUUACCGUCUUCAAGAUGGCAAAGCUCAGGUUGAGCUCCUUGUUCCACUCCAGUCCCGUGUCGAGCACCGACGCCGAGACCAAAAAGCAGAACCGGCGCUCCAUUUCUGCUCUGUCGGCCUCGCUUCGGCACAAGGAUGUCGAGACAAACGGAACCUCCAAGGUCGCCAAGCCUGAGACAUCAUCCGAGCCAUCCGACACGUCUCGGAUGGCUGCUUUGGCUCAGAAGAUUUCCAAGGAGACCGAGAAGCUAGAGGCUUACAUGAAGGCGAAUGGCCUGCCCAUGCCUAGCUUUGACGUCGACGCUCCCGCCGACUUCCCUCAUCUCCCCGACGAUAUCCAGCAGAGCCGGCAGGAGAUCAUCUACGCGACCAAAGAGCUGAACCGGCUGGCCCAUGGCCCUCGCGAGUCUGUAAGAUGGGGGGUCUGGGAAUUCCUCGACGUGCUGGCGCUCACUGCCGUCAACCACUAUGGACUAGCAAAACUUGUUCCCGUUGACUCGACUAUCACGCUCGACGAGCUGCAGACCAAGACGUCCCUGGACCCGAUCAACCUGGCCCGCCUGCUCCGCAUGGCCAUGACCAACGGGAUCUUCCGGGAACCCAGCCCGGGCGUCAUCGCCCACACUGCCGCGUCCCGAGUCCUCGCCGAGGACGAGAACAUGCAAGCCUGGAUCGGUUUCAACGGCGAAGACAUCUUUCCGGCUGCCGGACAUGUGCUGCAGGCGCUCAAGGCCUACCCGGAGGCGACCUCCCUCACCCGUGCCGGCUUCCAGUUCGCUUUCAACACGGUCGACCAGGAGCCCAUGUUCGCCACCUUCGGCAAGGACCCGGACCGAGCCCGCCGCAUGGGACGCGCCAUGGCGAGCCUGACCGGCGGCGAGGGGUACGAGCCCUCGUACUUCGUCGACGUCGAAAAGGGCGGCUACGACUUCAGCGAUAUCGACGCCGUCGGCGGCACGUUCGUCGACAUCGGCGGGUCCCACGGCUUCAUCUGUGUCGAGCUGGCGAACAGGUACAAGAACAUGAAGUUCGUGGUCCAGGACCUGCAGAAGACGGUCGACAGCGCGCCCAACCCCAUCAGCCCCGACCCGCAGGUGGCCGAGCGGAUCACCCUGCUCGCCCACGACUUCUUCACAGAGCAGGUCACCAAAGACGCGGAUGUCUACUUCUUCCGCUGGAUCAUGCACAACUACUCGACGCCCUACGCGGUGCGCAUCCUGCGCAACCUGGUGCCCGCGCUCAAACCCGGCGCCCGCGUCAUCAUCAACGACCACUGCCUGCGCGAGCCCGGCCGCGAGAACCCGUGGGACGAGCGGGUCAUGCGCCGCAUGGACGUCGUCAUGCUCGCCCUGCUCAACGCGCAGGAGCGCACCGAGGCCGAGUUCCGCGCGCUGUUUGCCGCCGCGGCGGACGGGUUCGUGUUUAAGGUGAGUUUGCGCUGCGCCCUCGUUGCGUUCAACUUUUAUUAGGAAGGAAGAAAGGGCGGGAUUUCUUUUCUUUCUCUCUUUUUGGUCGUGUGGUGCUGGUGCUGACAUGCGGGUA